UUCAUCUUUCUCUACCAACUUAGUCAAAAUUACCCCCCCUUUAUGAUAUUAAAUAUGUAAGUUUUUUUCUCUUCAUAUUAUAUGGAUGGGUCGAUGUGAGUCAAUUACCCCACCAAAUAAUAUUUUUCCUCUUCACCAUUCAUCCCUUACCCAACAUUUAUAUUCUCUAGAACUCCCUUUAUUCUCAUCUUUAUUUGUUUUGGUAGUACAACCCUAGUAUUCCUAAAUUUAUUUCCCUCCACCCUUGUUCUCUCUUUCUAUCUCUCUUCUAGCAUAAACUAGAAAACAUAGAAUAGAUACUACUAUAACAAGAAGAAAGUAGGUAAAGGAGGGGAAAACAUGGGUAGAUCCCCAUGUUGUGAGAAAGAACAUACAAACAAAGGUGCAUGGACUAAAGAGGAAGAUGAUCGCCUCGUCAACUACAUUAAAUCUCAUGGUGAAGGUUGCUGGAGGUCUCUUCCUAAAGCUGCAGGCUUACAAAGAUGUGGAAAGAGUUGUAGACUGAGAUGGAUAAACUACCUAAGACCUGAUCUGAAAAGAGGCAAUUUCACUGAAGAAGAAGAUGAACUCAUUAUAAACCUCCAUAGCUUGCUCGGGAACAAGUGGUCUCUUAUCGCUGCCAAGUUACCAGGAAGAACGGAUAAUGAGAUAAAGAACUAUUGGAACACUCAUAUCAAAAGAAAGCUUCUUAGUCGUGGGAUCGACCCGCAAACUCACCGUGUACUUAAUUCAAGUACGACCAUUGCUACUCCAACUGCCAACACUAUUGCUACGACGAAAAUCGCCGUAAGCAAUAAUUAUUACAAUAACGAUAAUAAAGAUAGUAAUAAUAAUAAUACUUUCCAAUUGAUCAACAUACGAGGCUCAACGUUACAUUUCGGCCUAGGAUCAAAUCUCGAGCACGAAUUUUCAACAAGUACUAGAAGCACUGAUGCUAAAUUAUAUUGCACAACGUUUCCUACUAUUAGAACGUCUAAUAUUAGUGAAGAUCAUUCUAAUAGUAGCAGUGUUGUGACUGAGGAAGAAGGUUACAAAGAAAUUAAUCUUGAAUUAUCUAUUAGCCUUCCAACGUCAUCGAAGAUUAAUUCAGCUAAUCAUGAAAUAAUCAUGAAGAAUCAAGAACCACAAAAAUACAUGACGUACCAAGUUUUUGGUACUACUACAAGGGUCCCUGUCUUUACCAAAGGAGGAAGUGUAUGCUUGUGUCACAAUAAUUUGGAAUUUCAAAAUAAUGGUAGCCAGUGUAAUUGUUAUACGCCAAUGACUACUACUGCAGCAAAAGUAUGUAAUAGUGGUAAAUUAUUAUAAUUUUUUUUUUUUUGGAGCAAACAAUUAUUAUAAAGUUGCUUCAUUAGUUUAGAAACAUUUUCGAGAAUUAUGAGAAUGUGCUGGCUCAAGUACUACUACUACUCAAAUCGAGUUGCAAAAUCUAUGGUAGCUAGGAAGCAAUGUGAUUUCCCCAUGAACAUUAUUUUGAUGAAUUAUUAAUACUGUUUUUUCUUUGGUGAAAAUGAUGUAGUAGUUGAUAUUGUAAAUAUAAUGUUAAAUCAUUAUUAUUUGAGUUGAUCA